CAGAAAUUACGCAGUGUUUUUAUUCUGUACAGCAGGGCGGUGUCCGUCACAGCAGCAUCCAGUGACAAACGUGUCGAUAACAGUCUGCCAUUAUGGACACAACGCCUGUACCUGAGAGCUCAGCCGAGCCCAUCAACUGCAGUGCAUUCGCUAUUAACGGUGAAGGACCGAUGCCACGACAAUGUCAGCAAGGACCACCCCAAAACCUAGUACUGGGGAACCAAAUUAACAUUACCGUAGCGCUCGUCGUCAUGAUGUUUGCCAUGGGAUGUACACUUACACUGAAAGAUCUGAAGUAUAUUUUUAUUAGACCUGUUGGACUGUUUAUUGGUUUCGUGUGCCAGUUUGGAUUGAUGCCUCUGAUCGGUUUUGCUCUGGCACAUGCAUUCGAUUUGUCACCAGGCCUAGCGAUUGGUACUAUUCUUAUUGCCUGCUGCCCUGGUGGAAUCAAUUCCAAUAUACUGACAUAUUGGACAGAGGGAGACAUUGCUCUCAGUGUGAGUAUGACAGCCUUUUCCACCCUGUUUGCUGUGGCUAUGAUGCCGUGGUGUUUAUUUCUGUACACCCGUAGUUGGCACUCUUUGGCAGACGCUGUAAUUCCAUAUGUUGAGAUAAUAAUAGCUCUGGUCACUAUUGUCUUUCCUUGCAUAUUUGGAAUGUUGGUUAGAUGGAAAUUUAAGAAAGCCGCGAAAAUUGUAGGUUUGGUUUGUAGUUUCGCGACAUUGAUUGCCAUGGUCGUUUUCUUCGUGCUUACUCUUCUUGCUUUUCCGCUCAUUUACGAGUCUGGAUGGCGAGCAUAUGCGGUGUCAGUGAUUUAUCCCCUAUGUGCGCUUUUCGUCGGGUACCUGUUGCCAUGGUUACUAAGACGUCCCCACAAGCAGUGUCGUACCAUCGCAUUUGAAACUGGUGUCCAGAAUGGCAUCCUGGCAAUGACCAUUCUUAACUUCCAGGCAUUGCAGGGAUUCUCUUCGGCCAUUGAAAUGAUGACUGUCCCCGUAUUAUACUCACUAGUAGUAUUUGCCGAGUCGUUCUUAUUCGUCAUCGCUUACUGGAUCUAUAAGGCAGUCACGAAAACGCAAGACGACGAAGCACCUCGUGAGUUGCAGGAAAAAGAUAUCUGGGCCGGAAAAUUAGCUUAUAUUAAUCCAAUGCUAAGUCCUCGUGGGAAAUAUUUGGAUCGAUCAGUUCAGACAGGGAUCAAUUUAUGGGGUAAUAAAGAUGAUAAAAUCAUAAUAGCAAGGCAGAACAGAGAUUACUAG